AGGAUGAUUUCACAUGAAGACCACAACAUUAUUACUGACUGGUGUGGCACUAGCUAUACUUGGAUAGCGAGAUGGGGAAAGAUAACAAUCUUGCGCUUGCCUGCCUACUGUUACCUGCUAACCCAAAAGGUGUAUCUUGAGGUUUUAUUUCCUGAACCAUGUGUCAUUUUACCUGAUAACCCUGCUUUUUACGAUGGUCUCUUGUCUCAGUGCCACUGGAGAAAGUGAUGCGGUUAUGAAUCCAGCAGAAUGUUAAUGGACAUGAAGAACUUUGUCCAAUACACACUCGUCCUUCAUUUUUGAACUGUAUCUGCAAACAUAUGGUUUUCAUGUGACUAUACACCUCUUCUAAAGCCCAUUGUGGUGACGUUUAUGUGUGCCUUUUGAAAGUGAGUGUGUGAGAGUGUUUUCGUCUAGUGUCUGUGUGCAUGUUUGCCUGUUGUUGUCAUUUCCUGCUGGUGAUCAAGUCAUGCCACGUGGAAGAGAUGUCAGCAACAGCUGUUGCCUCCCACUGCACAUGAAUGAAGACAAUGCCCGCUUUGGCUUGUUGGCAGCCCUCAUCGUGCUCUACCUGCUGUGUGGGGCGGUGGUGUUCUCCGCUCUCGAGCAUCCCUCUGAGCUGCAGGCUCACAAGCGCUGGGAUGAACAGUUGGCCAACUUCACUGAGCAAAACAGCAUAAACCUGAAAUCACUGCAGGUCCUGCUGAGGCAAUAUGAGGAGGCCUUUGUGGUUGGGAUCCGUGUGGACAAACUUAGGCCCCGCUGGGAUUUCUCAGGGGCCUUCUACUUUGUUGGUACAGUAAUCUCCACUAUUGGCUUUGGCAUGACCACUCCCGUCACGGUUGCAGGUAAGAUCUUUUUGAUAUUCUAUGGACUCCUUGGCUGUGCAGGAACAAUCCUCUUCUUCAACCUGUUCCUGGAGCGCAUCAUCACGAUGUUGGCCUACAUCAUGCGCUGGUGUCACGAGCGGCAACUGCGGCGAUCCGGCGUGGGAGGAGAGGAGGCCAGGAGCGAGGAUGACAGUCUGGAGGGCUGGAAACCAUCCGUCUACUACGUAAUGCUCAUUCUGGGCAUCGCAGCCCUGCUGGUUGCAUGCUGCGCGUCCGCCUUGUACUCUGCCAUGGAGGGCUGGGACUACUUCGAGUCCUUCUACUUCUGCUUUGUGGCCUUCAGCACCAUUGGCUUCGGGGAUGUAGUGAGCAGCCAGCGGGAAACUUAUAAAGCUCAGGAGGCCUACCGUCUCGGCAACUGCCUCUUCAUCCUCAUGGGUGUGUGUUGCAUUUAUUCCCUGUUCAAUGUCAUUUCCAUCAUCAUCAAGCAGACGCUCAACUGGAUCCUCAGCAAACUGGACUGCAACAGGCCUCAGUGUCCCUGCCGUUGCCGUCCGUACAGGCGUCGAGGUCGGGCCUGCUGUUGCUGCUGCUUCCCGCGCAUUGCCAACCAACGGCACAACCACCACCCUCCACCCGGAAAUUCCCGGCAGAGGGCUCAAAAACGCAACGCCGUGCACCCUGCCCCGGCCAACGAAGCGUCGGGAAAGCGUUUCACUAAUGCAUCAGUGGAAACAGUUUGUGAUAGUGAGACUGACGCUGGCUUAGGACCAGAUGGAGGUUAUCUGACAGGGCGCAGACUGUCUGGAGAAAUGAUCUCAGUCAAUGACUUUAUGACCAACAAGGUUUCUUUGGCAAUUUUACAGAAGCAACUCUCAGAGACCGCUCACGGUAACCCAAGACAGAGCCAUGUUCGCCAGAAUGGCUUCUCUGGCGGAGUGGGCGCCUUCGCUAUUAUGAAUAACCGCCUUCAGGAGACAAGUGUCGACAGGUAACUCGGUUAGACAAAGAUGCCGUUGGAUAUUGCACAUCAAUUGCAUAUACAGGAUUUAAUCAUGACUUUCAGUUCAGGGUUGUGUACCAUUCAGAACUGAAUUAAGACUGGCUUUACAAUUCUAAAUUGUCAUUUAAAUAUACGUUUAAUUAAAACGAAAGUAGUUUAUGAUGCUAGUUUAUAUACGACUCAUUUUUUUAACUACAAAAGCAUAGUACACCCAAAAAAUUUAAUUCUGUUAUUUACUCAUACUUUUUUCCAACCGCAUAAAACUAUUGUUCAUCUUUGAAACACAAAUAAAAAUGUGUUUAAUGAAUAUUAUUCCAAUGUGAACAAAAAAGCCUAAAUUAAAUCUGUUCAUAUAAUGCUAUCGUGUCUCUUCAGAAGACUUUGGUUAAACCACUCGAUUCAUAAGGGUUAUGUUUAUCAUUGUUUUUAUGAAUUUUUUUGAAUAAAGUUUUGGUGACUUUCAGUGGAGGAACAGAAAUCUCUCAGGUUUCAUUAAACAUCUUCAUUUAUGUUUCAAAGAUGGACGUCUUUUAGGGUUGAGAUAGAUAGAUAGAUAGAUAGAUAGAUAGAUAGAUAGAUAGAUAGAUAGAUAGAUAGAUAGAUAGAUAGAUAGAUAGAUAGAUAGAUAGAUAGAUAUUUGAAUGCUACCUAUAAAAUUAGUAAUCUAAAUAGUAUUUCAUUUAUAUAUUUUAACAUAUUUAGUAAACCAUUGAGGACUAUUGAGGAAAUAUUGAAAGACACCACUUAAUUUCCCAAAAUUAAUUUGCUUUUUACUUUGAUUUGAAUUCCAUACCAAAUUCCAGUUCAACUUCCAAUGGAAUUUUGGAUAAUUCAAUUAUAAUUCACAACCUGACUAAAGGAAUUUUUCAGUUCUGAAUUUUUCCCCAACCCUGAUCUCGUAGCCUACUGUUCGCUGGAAAUUAAUUUCUCAGAGGUUUAAGCAUUUUUUUCCAUGCAAUUACAGACGUAAAUUGUACAUUUAGCCUACUAUUGUAAUAUAAAGUACAGAGAAAAGUACAUCAAAUUAAAAUAGCCAAUUACCAAUGUAUCACAAGGACGGUGAAUGUAAGCAUUUACGAAUGGCUUAGUUCUUAAGAGGAGCCGUCUUUCAAUUUAAAAAAAAAAAAAAUCAUUAUAAACAAAUGUGAUUUUAAUGGUUAACAUCGCUUCUCAGAGUCACUUUGAUGCUGAAGUGAUUGGCCGGUGUGGUGAGCAAUCACACUGUGCUUCUGGAGAGAUACUUUAAUGGCUCUUCACGAAAACAGACUGAUUUUCAAGAGCCAGGCAGAUGAAGCCACGGCACUUACUGAGAGACAGUCCCCGGAGGAAGAAAUACAAGUGUCAAAUCAAAGGGAGAUGGUCAGUGUUAUUCAUUGUUUCAUCGUUUCUAUCAAGCCUCCGUGUCCUAAGAAACGAAUGAUCUAAAAUGAAUACAAUUAUGUGCAAAUAGACUUUUAGCAAAAUGGAUAUAAUCUUGUCUUUUAAAAGACAAAGUCAUCUCAAUUAUUUUUUGUUGUUGUAGAUAGACUGUAUAGAUUCUGUAGAUAUUGUAUAUUGUAAAAGCAAUUUUUACUGCUUUGUUGAAUAUUUAUUUUGGUAUCAACAUUUGUGUUUCAAAAGAAAUAACUACUGACACUUUUACAUCUGUGUUACAGCACUCUCUUGUCAUUCAAAGAGGUUUAUUUAUUAAAAAAAUCUAAAAUCUAAUUAAAAAUUAAAAAAAAAAAAAUCUUUUUUAGUGACAAACAGCAACACUGUGUUGGCAUGGCAAGCCGUUUCAACUUUUAUUCUUUCUCAGGAUAUCAACAAUUCAGUUUUCUGUAUUUUAAAAUGCUAAUUCUUGACAUCAGAAAUUGGAUUACUAGUAACACUGGCAAUCUUUUUAAGGAAAUACAUACAUUUCAACUAGUAAAACACUUUAAUUCUUGAUAUCUGAAAUUGUAUUUCUCACUAGUUAAAUGUCACCAUAGGCUGCCAUUCAAAUUCAAUGGUUGAUAUCAAAAAUUGUUUUCUUACGAGUUCCAAUUCCAAGUUGAAUUCCAAGAAAGUUCCAAUUUCACAUAUCAGAAGUACAAUUCUUACUAGUGAAAAUCAUAUUUUUUUAUAUCAAAAAUUAUAUAGUUACUAGUGUGAAUAUAAAUUCCUCAAGACUAGUUAAAGACUAGUUUUCACUAGUUAAAUGUUAAUUCUUGAUAUGUAUUUCAACAUGUUACAUUUGUUAUUUCUGAUAUCUGAAAAUAUAUUUCUGAUAUCAAUAAUCAGGAGAGUAAUUUCAGAUAGCCUAUAAAAUGGCUUUCUUACUAGUAACAAUCACAUUUAUGAUAUCAGAAAUUAACAUUGUCAUUAGUGACAUUGUAACUUUUAUUUUUCUAGUAGCAAUUCCUGUGGUGAUAUUUAAGUACUGAAAAUAAAAUUUCAGAUCAAGAAUGAACAUUUUUACUAGUAGAAAUGUAAUUCCUGAAAUCAAAAAUUAUGGCAAGCCAUUUUAGCUUAAAUUUUACCCAACGAUACUCGGCGUAAUUGCAUUUUUACUUGUAAGAAUUCAAUUAGAGAGCUCUACAAUUCAAUUCUUACUAGUAGAAAUUACAAUUAGCGACCUCUCUAAUUCAGUUGUUACUUGUAAGAAUGCAAUUGCAGUCCUCUUUAAUUCAAUUACUCUUUUUUUACUAGUAAAAAUUCAUUUAGAGAACUCUGUAAUUGCAUUCUUACUAGAAACAAUUCAAUUGUAAUGCUUUAAUUGUAAUUCUUACUAGUAAAAAUUCAAUUUCUAGAGCUCUGUAAUAAAUGAAUGGAAGUCGAUGGAGACAUAUGACUAGUAAACAUUAGUUGUAGAGCUCUCUAAUUGGAAUUGUUACUAAGAAUUGAAUUAGAGAGCUCUGUAAUUGUGAUUCUCCCUAGUAAUAAUUUAAUUAGAGAGCUCCCUAAAUUGGUAUUGCUACUAGUAAGAAUUGAAUUGUAGAGAUCUCUAAUUGAAUUCUUACUAGUAAAAAUAUGAUUACAAUGAGUAUUGCUGGGUACAAUUUAAGCUAAAACGGCUUGCCAUAAAAAUAUCCAUUGUUACUAGUAGGAAUCUAAUUUCUUUUAUCGAGAAUUAGCAUUUUAACUACUGAAAACUGAAUUGUUGAUAUCAAGAAUUCAUAUCCUGGGAAUGAAUAAAAGUCAAAAUGGCUUGCCAUGCUGGAUUUGCCAUCUCACAGUCCGAGUCUCUACUGCUCCCCUGAGGAUGACAGUGGUGUACUAUUUAGAAAAAAUGGUUCAAUGCAGUUUUGUUUUACAUAGAACCCUAGGCCGGGGUUUUAACUCAAUUUUAAAGAACACUUUAUGCCAAGUAAUAUUAUGGAGAAAUGUCUUUU